AUGUAUUCAUUUGCAGCGGGUGGCGCCCAGGAUGAAUGCGGCUCGCCGACAAAAUCGGCUUACGUGCAGAAGCCAACGCCCUUGGUGGACUUUAUUGAAGACGAUGCAUCUGGGAUCGGGCAAGAUAUUCUGCCUGCGGAGCUGACCGGCGCGCCCUGUUUGCCGAACUUGUCGUCAUUGAAAAGAGACAGACCGGCUGACGACCAUGCCAACGCCACCUUCCUUACAGAAUGGUCGUUUGGGGUCGCGCACGACAGACUUGUCCAGGUGAUCACGGACAUACAGCCGUUUGAGCCCUACUGGGAGGAGCUCACGUUCAUCGAUUUAUCAAAACGUGCGCUGGACAGCGUUGCGCGGCUCAAGGAAUUCUUGCCACAGCUCGAUCGUCUCUCCUUUGGCAUCCCGUCAUCGGUACGGACGUUAUCUGUCGCGUCAAACGUUUUGACAAGCGUCACGUCCUUCAGUCACCUUGUCAACCUCGAGAGUUUGGACAUUAGCCACAAUGACAUUGAUUCCCUAAAGCAGCUCCAGUGUCUUCGGCACUUACGGGAACUUCGAGCCGACGGGAACAAAAUCGACAGCUUGGCGGGGCUCGAGAAGAUGAAUGGUCUAGUCAAACUCAGCCUGCAGGGGAACCAGCUCCAGGAAGUCGAUUUCACGAGAUUCGCUUGGUCAAGGCUUGAGAUGCUGAAUCUCAGCAGGAAUAAGAUCACAGGGCUGUUGGGGCUGUCAUCAAACCUGCCAUCUUUGAUCUCGUUGAACGUCGACAAUAAUGCGCUGAACCAUCUGGAUCCAGGUGGGCCGAUGCCUAGGCUUCGCAUCUUGCGCGUUAGCGGGAACCGGCUCCAGCAGUUGAACGCAUCGCUGUUCCCAAACCUUCGGACGUUAUACGCUGACAACAAUUCGCUGGGGACGUUAACGAAAGCGGAGCGUCUGACGAAACUCGAGAAUUUGAGCAUGCGAAAUCAAGGCUGUCGAGAGCUUCACUUACCGACGCGCCAGUUUCGUGAUGUCAAGCGACUCUAUUUGUCUGGGAACAAACUCAAAACAGAGUUUAUCGCGGAGCCAUGCUACAACCUGGUCUAUCUUGAGGUGGCGGCGUGUCGGCUGACCAGUCUCCCGCGCGAUCUGGCGAAAUUAGCGCCGAAUCUGCGGGUGCUGAACCUGAACUACAACUUCUUGGAGGAUGCGCAGCCUCUUGAGGGUCUCACAAGACUCAAGAAGCUUACCUUAAUCGGGUCUCGGCUAAAAGGCACGAAAUCGCUGAUCCGCGUUCUACAACGCAUGCCUGAUGCGGAAAUGCUUGAUUUCAGGCGAGUCUUCUCUUUGAUGAACCCGUGCACGCUAGGCUGGUAUUUGCCGUUGCUGGUGAAAGAUGUACCAGGGGCAUUGCAGCCAUCAGAGAGCGGAGGCGGGAUCGCUGCCAAGGCGGAACGAGCGCGGAGUGGUGAGAAAGAGCGUGGGGAAGGGAGCCGUGGAUGGCAGGAGCUGGACGCCAAGUUUCGUCAGGACCUGCCUAAUGAUGCCUAUGUUGGGCGGCUCGCGUACCGAGGGCUGGUGAUGAGAGCAUGCCCACGGAUACGGAUGCUGGAUGGUGUCGAGGUGUCGGAAAAGGAACGGACAAAGGCUAAUCACCUCUUGCAAGGACUCGAGGCCGGGGGGAAGAUCACGGCCAAGGCGGUGGCGAGUUGA